AUGGCGUCCACCGAAAAAGAUCUGACGUUCAAGGCGCGAUUGUGGGAGACUGUCAAGGUGAACUGGCAUCUCGGCUUCACUUCCUUUGGUGGUCCGCCCGUGCACUUCAAGAUUUUUCGAGACAAAUAUGUCGUCAAGCUACGAUGGCUUGAUGAGCAGCUUUACCAGGAGCUGUUCAGCAUCUGUCAGGCCCUCAGCGGGCCCGGCAGCACCAAGAUGCAUUACUGUAUCAAUCUGCUCCACGCCGGCUUCCCCUUCGCGGUGCUUGGCUUUCUAAUAUGGAGUCUCCCCGGUGCCAUUGGCAUGUACGCGCUCUCCAUCGGCGUGUCCAACAUCUCCGAGCAACUGCCCCGCGCCGUGUACGCGCUCCUCUCGGGCCUCAACGCCGCGACGGUCGGCAUCAUCGUACUCGCCGCGGUCGAACUAUCGCAAAAGGCCAUCACGGACAAGGUCACGCGCAUCCUCGUGUUCCUCGCCGGCGCGGCGGGCCUGCUGUACAAUGCGCUAUGGUACUUUCCCGUGCUCAUGGUGGCAUCCGGCAUCGUGACCAUCAUCCACGACUUUCGAUGGCUGCACCCUGUCGUGCACAAGGUCACGCGCAUGUUCGAGAAGAAGAAGGAUGAGGAGAUUGAGAUGGAGCGCAAUGCACCACAGAGUACCAGGAGGCCAAGCUGCGAGGGGGAAGAGGAGAGACCAUCGGGAGACACCCGCAACGGGCCGUUGACACCGCCGCCCGAGCAGCAGGACAACCAGGGCAUCCUCCCCUCGACCGAGACUGACGACGAGCCGCGCGUCAUCCCCGAGAGUCACCGCGUGGAGGUGGGCAUGUCGUGGAAAGUGGGAUUGGGCGUGAUCUCGCUCUUUUUGCUCAGCUUCACCGUCAUCAUGGUCCUCCGCGGCGUGCUGCCCGGCCAGCCGCUGCUCUACCGCCUGUUUGCCAACAUGUAUCUCGCGGGCACAAUCAUCUUUGGCGGCGGGCCCGUGGUCAUCCCGCUGCUGCGCGAGUACGUGGUGUCAGAGGGGUGGGUGAGCCCCCGGGAUUUCUUGAUCGGUCUAGCCAUCAUCCAGGCCUUCCCCGGCCCCAACUUCAACUUCUCCGUCUACCUCGGCGGCCUGACGGCCAUCAAUGGCGGGCAGAAUGCGGCGCUGGGUGCGCUGGUGGCGUAUCUCGGCAUCUUCCUGCCGGGUAUGUGGCUUGUGCACGGCACCGUGGGGAUCUGGAGCGCCAUCCGCGGCUGGCGCUGGGUCAAGUCGGCCGUGCGCGGUCUCAACGCGGGGGCCGUGGGCCUCAUCUACACGGCCGUGUACCGGCUCUGGCAGAUUGGCUACAUUGACGAGGGAUACCGCGACGGGACGAGUUUGGCCGUCGAGCCGUGGUGGGUUGUCGUCACGGCCACCAGCUUUGUCGGGGGCAUGUGGUUCGGUCUCAAGCCCUGGGUGGCCAUCGUACUCGGCGGUGUCAUGGGCAUGAUCUGGUACGGCGUCGUGACGACCUAG